AUGCCAAAGAACAAUCUCCUGAAGGUUCAUUUCUCUAAAACAGAAGAUAAAAAGCUUAAACAACUGAUUAACAUACAUGGAACUAGUGAUUGGAAGUUAAUCUCUAAGGUAAUGCCAGGAAGAAAUUAUAGACAAUGCAAAGAUAGAUGGGAAAAGUUUCUUUCCCCUAAUAUCAAUAGAGAGCCAUAUACAAAAGAAGAAGAUAAGAUUAUUCUUCAGUUACAUUCAAAAAUUGGUCCACAGUGGGUGAAAAUAGCUUCAUUUUUAAAUGGCAGAUCCGAUUCAUCAAUUAAAUCUAGGUUCAAACUAUUACAGAGAAGGAUUAAUGAUAAUUCUAAUAGUUUAAAUGCUCAAAAUACCCAGGUUUCAAAUAAUGACGAAAUGAGUACCUAUUUCAAAGAUUUUAUAGUAGAUAAUAGUCAAAGUGCUGCAAUCAGCUAUGAUUCUGAUGAUAUUGAUAUGUUUUUUGAUUUUCAGAUAGAGUUUUAA